CCCUCCCUUCUCUCUUCAACCCCACAUCAAUCCCCAGCGUUUGCUCGCAGCAAAAAAACAAAAUACAUUGCGCGUUUAAACUUCUCUUUCUGUAAACGGAAACGGAAAGGCUUUCCAUUAUUAAAUGGCGCCGAGAGAGAAAACGGCGGUCGUUAAGGGUAACGGCAACGUUAACGGAAAUAGCAAGGAGGUGCAUUUUAGAGGAGUGAGGAAGCGUCCAUGGGGCCGUUACGCUGCUGAGAUCAGAGAUCCAGGGAAGAAGAGUCGAGUUUGGCUCGGAACUUUUGAUACGGCUGAGGAAGCAGCCAGAGCCUAUGACACCGCCGCCAGGGAAUUUCGCGGCGCCAAGGCUAAGACAAAUUUUCCCCUCCCCUGUGAAAAUCUCAACAAUGGUAGUAACUGUAACGACAACGAUAACAACAACAAUAGCAACAACCAGAGUCCAAGCCAGAGUAGCACCGUGGAGUCGUCGAGCCGUGAGCCGUCGCUCAUGAUCUAUUCUUCGCCGUUUGAUCUCAACCUUGGUCACGCGGCGGUUGCCGGGUUCGAAACUCCAGCCGUUAGGUUUCCAUUCCAGCAAGUUUCACCGGUUACCGGCGUGUUCGCCGCCGGCAUACCGGCCGUUGCUAGUCCUCAACUUUUCUACUUUGAUUCCUUCGUUCGGCCUGGAGCGGUGAAAGGCCAGCAGUAUCAACGGAUGAGAUUCGACCAUAACGAUUUUCAUGCGACGUUUAACGGUGGAGUUCAAAGCGACUCCGAUUCGUCGUCCGUGGUGGAUUUGAACCAUCACGAGAUCAAGCAACGUCCCCUUCUCAAUAUCGAUCUCAACCAACCUGCUCUUCCGGAAAUCGCGUGAUUUUUUUUUCCGCCGAUCGUAAAACUGGAACAUCAUGAAUUCUUAUUUUCCGUUCUUUAAAUUUAUUUUUCUUACUCUUUAGUCCUGAAGAAAAAAACGAAGGUAGACUAGAGAAAAUGAGACCACAAAAAAGAAGAUAUAAUUACGGCGAGAGCUGUGAUAAGUUGAUGUGAUCUACUGUAACGAUCUUCCGAUCACAAAUCAACGGCGGCCGAGAGGUGUGAAUACUUAGCUGAUGAUCUACUCUUUUUUUUUUCAACAGAGAAAUAUCAGUUUCUAUCUGUUGUUCCAUAACUACUUACUGUACUUUUUUUUUCUCCCAAUGAAUUAACACAAAAGAAAUUCCUCCAA